AUGUUCAAGAUGAACCGAUGCCACUGGCAAAACGAUAUGAUUCAGAAAUAUGGCAGCCCGGUCAGAGUCGCGACAAACCAACUCUUCUUUGCUGACAUGGAGUCGUGGGUGGAUAUCUACGGCCAGAGCUCUAAUCCGUGUCUGAAGGAGCCUGGUUUCUACGAUCAGAUGACCGCAACAGGUGCUACUAGUGUAUUCAACACGACGAGCAAGGUUGAGCAUGCCAGAGUUCGCCGCUUACUCUCACAUGCUUUCUCUCUUAAUGCUCUAUCUGGACGUGGCGAGAUCAGCCAUGCUGACAUGGACUGCUUUUUUGUGGUUAUCCCUGUCCAGUCAUUCUUCCCCUUGCUGAGAUACGUCCCAAUCCCAAGCAUUCAGGAAGCGUACGGGAGGCUCGGAAAACUUGUAAAGUUCGUCCAGCAGAGCGUACGUAAUUUCCAGGCACAAAUCGAGAAGGAGGGGGACAGUUUUGCCAAGGGUACCUUUCUACGGAACUUGAUUGAUGCUAGAGAUGCAGAAACUGGAGGCAGCAGACUCUGUUUCGAAGACCUGGUAGAGAAUACUAUCAUUUUCUUGCUUGCCGGGAGCGAUACGACCGCUAUCACUUCCAUGUAUCUCUUGUGGGAAACUGGACGGAGACCAAAAGUGAAAAAGAAGUUGCUCGAGGAAAUUCGCACCGCGUUCCCCAACCAUGACCGGGCACCAACAUAUGAACAAGCCUCGAAUUUACCAUAUCUAAAUGCAUGCAUUGAGGAGACCCUAAGACUGUGGGGCCCAUUCAACGUAGGAUUUCCAAGAGUCUCGCCCGGGAAGAGGAUCGGGGGGAAAUUUAUCCCCGAAGGUGUUGUCGUGGCAACCGUUGCCUACUCGACCCAUCGUGAUCCCAAAUUCUUCCCUAGUCCACUUGAGUUUGUCCCGGAGAGAUGGCUAGAUGUCAACUCAGAUAUGAGAGCGAUGUCGAAGCCAUUCGGCCAUGGCCCUCGGAAUUGCAUCGGUAAACAUCUCGCAGAUAUUGGCAUUCAUUUGACGCUCACCCGAUUGUAUCAACUGUAUGAUAUUGAGAUAGAUUCAAGUAUGACAGAUAAGAUGAUGAGACAGAAAGAUCGGGGAGCGGCGAGUCCCUGGGAUCAAAAGUUCCUGAUUAGGCCAAAGCCAGUUCAGCAGGGAGCUUGA